GACGUCAUCUUUGGCCCCGGAAGCGGAAGUUCUUUCCUUUCUUGUUUCUGCUUCGUAUAGAGACACACAGCGGUGAGUUCUCCUCUCACUUUAAUCUGACUUUAAUCUGCUUUUCAGACGAUGGCUCCUCGUAAAGGGAAGGAAAAGAAGGAGGAGCAGGUGAUCAGUCUGGGUCCUCAGGUCGCUGAAGGAGAGAACGUGUUCGGAGUCUGUCACAUCUUCGCCUCCUUCAACGACACCUUCGUCCACGUCACCGACCUCUCCGGAAAGGAGACGAUCUGCCGUGUGACCGGUGGGAUGAAGGUGAAGGCCGACAGAGACGAGUCGUCUCCGUACGCCGCCAUGUUGGCCGCUCAGGACGUCGCUCAGCGCUGCAAAGAGCUCGGCAUCACGGCACUGCACAUCAAGCUGAGAGCUACGGGGGGGAACAGGACCAAGACUCCCGGUCCUGGAGCUCAGUCUGCUCUCAGAGCUCUGGCUCGGUCUGGGAUGAAGAUCGGACGCAUCGAGGACGUGACUCCGAUCCCGUCAGACUCCACCAGGAGGAAGGGUGGACGCCGUGGUCGUCGUCUGUAACCUCUGACCCCACGCCGUCUGACAACAAUAAAAACAUUAAACGUCCA